CUACACCGUCGUAACGAAGAAUUCACAAGAAGACAUAAGCAAGCUAUUUCUGUAUCAUCAAAAGAAGAUGAAUCCAUGACGGAAACCUGCAACGAAAACACUCAGCCUCUAGAGCAGCCACAAGUCAUGACUUACGACAUCCCCUCCUCAAUGUUUCCAAGCAUCAGAGAAACAGAUACACCAACACAAUCAUUAUACAAUGAUGAUCACAGUAAAGUAACUAUGUGGAAGGACAUCCCCUGCACAAUGCUUCCAACAAUCAAAGAAGUGCAUGCACGAAUACAAUCACUAUGCAAUGAUGGAAUCAUAUAUGAGCAAGAAGAAACCAUUAAAGAAAUAGAUGCGGCAGCAAAAUCAAUGUGCAACGAGGAUCAAGGCAGUGGUGCACAACAAUUUCGUUUUACUAAUGGGCUUGACUUGAUCCAUCUGCUCUCUCUUUACGAGAGGAAGCUGAAUCGGGAUAAAUCAUUAGAAGUAAAAGGAGCCUCAACGAGCACCAACAACCAAUCUGUGGCUGCUCUGACAGGCGGCGGCGGCACCGAUAGUGUACGGCUUCAUAUGGGACGGAGACCUACGACUUCAUCUCUGCCAUGACAACAACCCAUGGGUCACUGCUCCGCGCGGCGGCGGCGACGACGAAC